UGUGGUCAACUCUCAUCUGUCACAAAUGUCACUCUUAUACUCGCUAAAAAUAUUUAAAUUGAUUUCUCCAUUUCAUGGAUAAAACCACUGAGGCAUGUUUGGAACUUACUGAAAGUAAACUGCAGUAUUUCAUCACGGAACUAUAGAUAGAUUUUAAAGAAUUAAAGCUUAAUAGUUUUACCCAGUUUAGAUUUACCUAUGAGAUAUUCAGGAAUAUAAGUAAUAGUAUAAUAGUUUUGCACUGUGAUCAUAUAAACAUUAUUGAAAUUACUCGUUUUUUUAUUGUUGGUGCCUUCAUGCAAGUAAACCUGUGUAUAGUCUUUGUUGCUGGAAUAAUUAUAUAACAAAAAAUAUAUAUUUACAAUGUUGCCGCAAGAUGAAAUAAAACCUAUGCCCUACAAGUUAUACGCAUCUAUAGUAGAGGACUUCAAUAAAUUAACGUCGUACAGUAGAAGGGCUGAAAAUGAAUUACGAAACAAAUAUAAAGAUAUUCCAUCAACAACUAUGGGAAGCAUUAUAUCCCUAUUAGUUCAGAGAGCAAUGAAACUCAAUUACAGAAAGUCACCAACGAUUUCAAGCAAAUACUUUGACUUAUAUGAGAACCUCAUGAAAAGUCAAAACAAACAGGAUAUUAUAAUCCAGUUAGCUGACAGUCAAUGUAUAAGUCCUGCACUUUUUGUCAGAUCAUUACUGCAAAAUGUAUAUUCAGACUCUACAAUGGUCAAAAAAUGUUUAAAGGAUACUACACUUAUAGAAGAUAAAGAUUUGGCUUAUCAAGUAUUUUUGGGUAUAAUGAAUGAUAAUCAAUAUGGACCCUAUGCUGAUAUCAUCAAACAAUCAAUUGGAUUAGAGUAUGAGCUAAGAUUGGAAAGAGAACUUAAGUCAAUGAAUAUAUCAUUUUCUGAUGAAAAUAUUUUACGCACUAGGGGAUAUGAUAAAACCCCUGACUUUAAAUUAGAUAUCCCAAUAGCUGUAGAUGGAUUCAUUGUGAACUGGAUUGAAAGUAAAGCAUUAUUUGGUGAUGAAGAGAACCAUAUGGGUUAUCUUAAGGAACAGUUAAUAUGUUACUGGAAUAGAUUUGGUCCAGGACUUGUUAUAUACUGGUUUGGGUAUCUGGAAACAUUGGAAGAUAUGCCAGAAGUAAAUAACAUGUUCAUACUAAGAACAAAGUUUCCAAAUAAAGAAAGUAUAACCCAAUAUAAAUUUGAUUUGUAAUUGUUAAGUUGAGAUUAAAAUAUUUCCAAUU